AUGAACAAGAUUCACAUCGAUAAUGUCGUUGACGACAUCGUGGAAACUCUCGAUCUACCAUCGGUAAGUCAACAGCAGCAGAGUCUUUUCGCGUUCAGAAAUUCUGUGAUCCUGAGGACGAUGAUGAAAAAUGUGGAAAAUAAAUGCGACGGUCGCAUCACUUUCACUCAACGAGAUCUUAUCAAGUGGACCAAACGUGACGAGAGUGAAGCUGAGACCCCGAUGUCUCCCAAAGGAUCCAAGCUGGCAGUUGUUGGCAUGUCGUGUCGCCUUCCCGGUGGAGCCAACGAUCUAGAGCUCUUUUGGAAGCUCAUGGUUGAUAAGCGCGAUGUACACACGAUGAUUCCUCCUGAUCGAUUCGAAUUGAGCACCCACUUUGACCCGACUGGUCAAAUCCAGAAUACCACACAGACAUCGUACAUGAACCAUAUUGAUAGUCCGGGCUUGUUUGAUGCUGGAUUCUUCAACAUCUCGCCCAAGGAGGCAGAACAGAUGGAUCCUAUGCAUCGCCUUGCCCUCGUCACUGUCUACGAAGCCCUUGAGAUGUCUGGAUACUCUCCUAACCGGACGCGCUCCACUUCCUCCCCCAGGGUCGGAACUUACCAUGGCCAAGCGAGCGAUGACUGGCGUGAACUCAAUGCCAGCCAAAACAUUGGGACGUACGCUGUCCCUAGUGACUCCAGUGGCCUUGCCGCUGUAAAUGCAGCAUGCUCAGCUUUGUGGGCUGGAGAUGUAGACAUUGCUAUUGCCGGAGGCUUGAAUGUUAUCACCGACCCAGACAAUUCUGUCAGCUCGGAAAGGGUCACUUUUUGUCUCUUGCGGGACAAUGCAAACGUAGUCAUUAAACGUCUCGAUGACGCCUUGGCCGACAACGACAAAAUUCUCGCGACAAUCCUGGCGGCCAACACGAAUCAUUCCGCUGAUGCGAUUUCAAUAACCCACCCACAUGCCCCAAAGCAGGCUCAGAAUUACCAGAGGGUGAUGUCUCAGGCAGGGUUCUCGCCGCUAGACGUGAGCUAUGUCGAGCUUCACGGAACGGGCACUCAAGCAGGAGAUCGUGAAGAAGCCAAGUCCGUCUCACACAUCUUUGCUCCUGUAGCUCCGCGACGUAAGAAGAAGUAUCGACUGAGACUGGGUGCUGUGAAGUCCAACAUUGGGCAUGGAGGGGUGGCUGCUGGUAUCGCUUCGUUUAUCAAAGUGCUGCUUAUGUACCAGAAGUCCGCCAUCCCACCCCAGAUUGGCGUCAAGAAGCUAAACCCUACACUUCCGCCGGACUUGGAGGAGCGUACCAUUGGUCUAAACUGGGAAUACGUCGAGUGGCCCAGACCGAAGACUGGAUCGCGCCUUGCUAUCGUGAACAGCUUUGGCGCGCACGGAGGAAACACGACAGUUCUGUUGAGUGAUGGCCCUGUACCAUCACCCGUCAUCACGGAUCCUCGUCCUAGUUUCCCGUUGACUAUUUCCGCUCGGAGCAAGAACUCGCUGAAGAUGAACACUGAAACCUUAUUGCAGUAUAUCAACGACCACGAGGAUGCUCAGUUGGGUGAUCUCUCCUACACUCUCACUGCACGUCGUAUUCAUCACCCAUUCCGCCUAGCUACGUCUGUCAAGGAUAUCUCUCAAGCGAAUAAAUUCUUAUCUAUUGAGAUUGAAAAGAUGGAACAACAGCAAUGGGUCUCAACAGUACCGUUGAAGGCACCGACUGUUGCUUUCACUUUUACGGGUCAAGGGGCGUUCUAUGUCGGUAUGUGUUCACAGCUCUACUCACACUGUUCCAGCUUUCGUGAAGAUGUCCAGCGCCUCGAUCGUUUGUCACAGUCAUUCAAUCUAGGUUUUGACUCAGCCAUACCCAUCAUUGAUGGCGCUGCUGGCUACAGUGAUACAGUCGACCCCGUGGCAUCACAGUUGGCUAUAGUUCUCGUUGAGCUUGCUCUUGCUCACUACUGGGCUACACUCGGAAUCAAGCCAUCUAUGGUCAUGGGACACAGCUCGGGAGAGUUUGCAGCACUAGCGGUAGCUGGUGUAAUUUCUGAGCUUGAUGCUCUUUAUCUCACGACUGCACGGGCAAAGCUUAUGGCUAAGCAUUGCCAAGUUGGCACUGACACUAUGUUGGCCGUUAGAUGCAGUAUCGAUCGACUGGAAGAGCUACUGGCAGGCCGCGAACAGGACUACGAGCUCGCUUGCAUCAACGGCGAAAGCGACCUUGUCAUCAGUGGAGCGAAAACCCAGAUUCAAGACCUCGCUAGUAUCCUAGCGACCGCAGGCUUGAAAUCUACAGCGCUCAAUGUGCCAUAUGCUUUCCAUUCUGUUCAAAUGGACCCAAUCUUGGAGUCAUUUGCUCAACUAGCGGAGAACGUCACCUUCAAAGCUCCCCAGAUCCCGGUUGUCUCCCCUCUCCUCGCCGAAUGUAUUUUCGACGGUAAGACGCUCAACCACGAAUAUCUGCGUCGCGCAACCAGGGAGCAGGUUGAAGUUGUGGGCGCCUUAGAUGCUGCCCAAGAACUCGGUAUUGCUGAUGCGGAUACUGUCUGGAUUGACAUUGGUCCCCACAUGAUUGCUGGAGGCAUGGUUCGCAACAUACUGACGCCGAACAUUGUCGUUCCAUCAGUUAAGCGCGAUGAGGAUAACUUUUCCACGCUCGUCUCAUCACUGGUUACCCUGCAUCGCGCUGGAGUGACGCCCGUCUGGAACAAAUACUUCCGUGAACACGAACGCGCUCACCAAGUGUUCCACUUGCCUACCUACCGCUGGAACGACAAAACCUAUUGGAUCCCCUACCUCGGAACUUGGACUCUUGAUAAAGCUCACAUUAAGGAGAACCUUGACAAGGCAAGGCAAAACAAGGCUUUGUCAGGCAUCAGCGGCAUGGGAUCCAAGUUAAAGACCUCUACAAUCCACAGCAUUGUUUCCGAGACGGUAGGCGAGUCAACUGUUAGCCUCGUGACUCUAUCGGAUCUGCUAGAUCACGCAUUCCUCGAAGCUGUGGAGGGCCAUCGGAUGAACAAUCACGGUGUUGCAUCAUCCUCUAUCUGGGCCGACAUGGCCUUUACAGUGGGUAGAUACCUGCAUGGCCUCGGCUACCCGAAGGAAAAGGACUUCCAUAUGAACGUGCGCGACAUGGAGAUCCUCUACACACAGGUCGCUAGGUCCCGCAAGGAUGGCCCGCAAUUAAUCCAACUUGAGGCAACCCUCGACAUACAUGCCAGGAGUGUGACCAUCUUCCUAUACAACGUGUCCCAGGAUGGCAUUCGGGACGCUAAAUACUAUGGCUCUUGCAAGAUCCAGUUUGAAGAAGCGGCUACCUGGAGUAAAAACUGGAAGCGCCUCGAGCAUCUAGUCAGACAGCGCAUCCAGGCUUUGGACCAAUUGGCUAUAGAAGGACUCGCAAGUAAGAUCAACCGGAACAUGGCAUACACACUUUUCAAAAAUGUUGUCACUUAUGCCGACCACUACCGGGGCAUGCGCUCGGUUGUUCUGAAAGACUACGAAGCUUUUGCAGACGUCACUCUAAAUCCUGAUGAGCUUGGAGGCUUCAUCCUGAAUGGCUCUGAUGCUUCGAACACGGAUGACUUCUUUUACGUCACUCCUGGAUGGGAGACAUUCCGUCUUGCUCGCCCACCCCACCCAGGUGCGAGCUGUCGCAGCUAUGUGCAGAUGGUGUCGAGCGAAGAAGAUCCGAAGUUCUGGACCGGAGACGUGUAUAUUCUCCAGGGUGAUACCAUCAUCGGUAUGAUUGGUCAGAUGAAGUUCCGGCAGAUCAACCGGAUCUUGAUGGACCGUUUCUUCUCGCCUAGUGAGAUCCAUGGCACAGCCCAUGCUAGCAGCACCAGCAGCAAGGUGAAGACGAUCGUUCCAGCUGCCGCCGGGCCCGUAGCCAAGAGGACAACCCCGACAAUUGUUCAUCCGGCUCCUGUGUCCGUAACAGCAGAGAAGGCGGAGCCAGCAAAUGAGGAAAACUCUCUCAUUGCAGGCGCGAUCGAUCUGAUCCUCAAAGAGACGGGUGUCGACGCCUCGGAAUUGAAAGAUGACACGACAUUUAUGCAGAUUGGUGUCGACUCUCUCAUGUCGCUUGUCUUAGUGGAGAAGUUCAAGAACAUUCUUAAGAUGGAAAUCAAGAGCUCGUUAUUCAUUGAGUGUGAGACUGUUGGUGUGUUCAAGGAGUGGCUGGAAGAAAAUCAAUGA